AUGAAGCCAACGACCACAACAAUAUCAACCGAAAACCCUCCUCCUCAAACUCUUCAUCCUCAACAACUUGAAUCUGAUCUUUCCUAUCGUCUCAAAUACCUCACUCGGUUCAUUGGCUUCUCUCGAGAGGAUACCACUCUCAUUCAUCAAUCGACUCCAAUUAUUGCUCCAUUGAUCCCAACAGUGACUGAACUCGUUUAUGAUAAACUUUUUUCCUUCUCCAUCACGAAACAAGUCUUUGCUGAAUAUGCUCUGAAGAAACCAUUUACACUUCUGGAAGGAAAAGGAUUGGAUCAUAAGAAGGGAGAACAGUUGAAAUUUAGAAAGGACAUGUUAGGAAAAUAUUUGAUCAAGUUGAUUACUUGUGACUAUGAAAAUGUGAAUUUCUUGAAGUACUUGGAUUACAUUGGAAAACUCCACACUUCAAAAGCAGGAAAGCCAAACAUUGUCGUCGAUUAUAUUCACUGCAACACCUUAUUUGGAUUCGUUUCAGAGAUUAUCUCCAAUGCCAUUCUAGAAGCUCCCAAUCUCACCUUCUCCACUAAAUUCAAAACCAUUCGAGCUUUCAACAAGUUGUUUUGGAUUCAAAAUGAUUUAUUUUCAAGACAUUACCAGCAGGAAGAACAGAAAAAUCCAUCUUGUUCCAUUCAACAACAUCAAUUGGAUCUUUCCAUGAGUGAAGGAAAUUUGGAAAGUCAUGUACAUUCCUCGUCGUCGUCAUCAUUCUCACCAUCAAUUGCGACAUCUUGUGCAUUGGGUUUGUCUGGCAGCGUGUCAACUUCAACGGCUGCACUUUUGGAUCAUCAGGAUGGAAUGCAAAAGAAUGAAUCAUGUCGUCGAGUCAUGGUGGAUUUGCAUGCGACUGUUCAAAGUGGAAAUGGGUCUCCUUCCUUAUAA